CAGACAGCUUCUCUUCGGUGUUAUGUUUUGCAAGGAUAAGACAGAUUCUCAUCCCAGUUUGUGUCUGGAAGUUCAGGAGCAAAGGACUUCUGGUGCAUGGAGGAAGACGCGUCUUACCUAGAGAUUUAACUUGUCUAAACAUAUCAAGUUUUGGGGAUACACGAAGGUGAACAGGAUCGCCAUGUUUCGAAACAGUCUCAAGAUGCUUCUUACAGGAGGGAAGUCAAACCGCAAAAACAGGUCCAGUGAUGGAGGGAACGAGGAGCCACCAGACCGAAGACAGGCAAGUGUAGACUCCCGCCAGAGCCGAUCUGGGCAAGGCACCUCCACAGAGAACGACUGUGCUUUUGAACCAGACUACGCAAUUCCUCCACUCCCAGUGACCGAAGGUAUGCAGCACAUUCGGAUUAUGGAGGGCAUGUCCCGCUCUCUUCCAUCCUCCCCCUUACUCACACAUCAGUCUAUCAGUGUUCGGCUCCAACCUGUGAAGAAGUUAACUGCCCCUUUGAGGAAAGCAAAGUUUGUUGAGAGCCCUCGAAUCCCCGAGUCGGAGCUUGGCUCCCCAACGCUCUCGUCAGCGCCGAAACUGGACGUCGACGCAUACUGCCCUGGUGAUACUGAGCAGGAGCUGGGACCCCCUCCAUCCGUAGAUGAGGCAGCGAAUACACUCAUGACUCGCCUGGGCUUCCUCCUGGGAGAGAAAGUCACGGAGGUACAGCCAGGACCCCAGUACAGCAUGGAGGUGCAGGACGAGAACCAGACCUCGGCCGUAACCCAGCGGAUAAGCCCCUGCUCCACGCUGACCAGCAGCACGGCCUCGCCGCCGGCCAGCAGCCCCUGCUCCACCCUGCCUCCCGUCAGCACCAACGUGACGGCCAAGGACUGCAGCUAUGGUGCCGUCACCAGCCCAACAUCCACCCUUGAGAGCAGGGACAGCGGGAUCAUAGCUACUUUGACAAGCUACUCCGAAAAUGUGGAACGCACGAAAUACGGAGGGGAAAGCAGUAAAGAAUUAGGAUCGGGAGGAAACCUGAAACCGUGGCAGUCGCAGAAAUCCAGCAUGGACUCCUGUCUGUACCGGGUAGACGAGAACAUGACGGCCUCCACCUACAGCCUGAACAAGAUCCCAGAGAGGAACCUGGAGACGGUCUUGUCCCAGUCAGUGCAGUCUAUUCCACUUUACCUUAUGCCACGGCCAAAUUCAGUAGCAGCCACCAGCUCAGCCCACUUGGAGGACCUGGCUUACCUGGACGAGCAGCGACACACUCCGCUCCGGACGUCCCUCCGGAUGCCGCGGCAGAGCAUGGCUGGCGCCCGCACGCAGCAGGACCUGCGAGUACGCUUUGCACCCUAUAGACCUCCUGACAUCUCUCUGAAACCGCUGCUCUUUGAGGUGCCCAGCAUCACGACGGAGUCCGUGUUCGUCGGCCGCGAUUGGGUGUUCCACGAGAUAGAUGCGCAGCUGCAGAGCUCCAACGCCAGCGUUAACCGAGGGGUCGUGAUCGUUGGGAACAUAGGAUUCGGGAAAACCGCCAUCAUCUCCAGAUUGGUUGCUCUCAGCUGCCACGGCACACGCAUGAGACAGAUUGCUUCUGAUAGCCCACAUGCCUCUCCAAAACAUGUGGAUGCAAACAGAGAGCUGCCCUUGACGCAGCCGCCCUCUGCCCACUCUUCAAUCACCAGCGGGAGCUGCCCUGGGACCCCCGAAAUGCGCCGCCGCCAGGAAGAGGCCAUGCGGAGACUUGCUUCGCAGGUUGUCGCUUAUCACUACUGCCAAGCUGAUAACGCCUAUACCUGCCUCGUGCCGGAGUUUGUGCACAACGUGGCAGCCCUGCUCUGCCGCUCGCCGCAGUUCGUUGCCUACAGGGAGCAGCUCCUGCGGGAACCCCACCUGCAGAGCAUGCUCAGCCUGCGCUCCUGCGUCCAAGACCCCAUGGCCUCCUUUCGGAGGGGAGUCCUGGAGCCCUUGGAAAACCUACACAAAGAGAGGAAGAUCCCUGAUGAAGAUUUCAUCAUAUUAAUUGAUGGUUUAAAUGAGGCUGAAUUCCACAAGCCAGAUUAUGGGGACACCAUAGUCUCGUUCUUGAGCAAAAUGAUCGGAAAAUUCCCUUCGUGGCUUAAGCUGGUAGUGACGGUCAGGACAAGUCUACAGGAAAUAAUUAAGCUGUUGCCCUUCCACAGAAUUUUUUUGGAUAGACUAGAAGAGAACGAAGCCAUAGACCAGGACCUGCAGGCAUAUAUCCUUCACCGGAUACACAGCAGCUCGGAGAUCCAGAACAACAUCUCGCUUAAUGGCAAAAUGGACAACACUACCUUUGGCAAGCUCAGUUCUCACCUCAAGACCUUGAGCCAAGGGUCCUACCUAUACCUAAAACUCACUUUUGAUCUCAUAGAGAAAGGAUACCUAGUACUAAAAAGCUCCAGCUACAAAGUAGUCCCGGUCUCUCUGUCAGAAGUUUACCUGUUGCAGUGCAAUAUGAAGUUCCCAACGCAGUCUUCCUUUGAUCGGGUUAUGCCUCUCUUGAAUGUGGCAGUGGCAUCUCUGCAUCCAUUAACAGAUGAACAUAUUUUUCAGGCCAUUAAUGCAGGUAACAUUGAGGGCACUUUGGAGUGGGAUGACUUUCAGCAGAGGAUGGAGAACCUUUCUAUGUUUCUUAUCAAACGUAGAGAUAUGACGCGAAUGUUUGUUCAUCCCUCUUUCCGAGAAUGGCUUAUUUGGAGAGAAGAAGGAGAAAAGACCAAGUUUCUCUGUGAUCCUAGGAGUGGCCACACGUUACUUGCCUUCUGGUUUUCCCGUCAAGAAGGAAAACUAAAUCGACAGCAGACUAUUGAACUGGGACAUCACAUUCUCAAAGCACAUAUUUUUAAGGGGCUGAGUAAAAAAGUCGGGGUGUCUUCCUCCAUCCUGCAAGGGCUUUGGAUCUCCUACAGUACCGAAGGUCUUUCGAUGGCUUUGGCAUCACUGAGAAACCUCUAUACCCCAAACAUAAAGGUCAGUCGGCUGCUGAUUUUAGGAGGUGCAAAUGUGAAUUACCGUACCGAAGUUUUGAACAACGCCCCGAUUUUGUGUGUCCAAUCUCACCUGGGUUACACGGAGAUGGUGGCUUUGCUCUUGGAGUUUGGGGCCAAUGUAGAUGCUGCUUCUGAAAGUGGCCUGACCCCGCUUGGGUACGCUGCUGCUGCUGGAUUCCUCAGCAUUGUUGUGCUGCUGUGCAAGAAAAGAGCCAAGGUGGAUCACUUGGACAAAAACGGUCAGUGCGCUCUGGUUCACGCUGCUCUCAGGGGACACUUGGAAGUGGUGAAGUUUCUGAUUCAAUGCGACUGGACUAUGGCUGGGCAGCAGCAGGGAGUGUUUAAAAAGAGCCACGCCAUCCAGCAGGCGCUGAUCGCCGCGGCCAGCAUGGGCUACACGGAGAUUGUCUCCUACCUGCUCGAUCUUCCAGAAAAAGAUGAAGAGGAGGUGGAGCGAGCACAAAUCAACAGCUUUGACAGCCUUUGGGGAGAGACAGCUCUGACAGCAGCAGCAGGGCGAGGGAAACUGGAUGUUUGUCGUCUCCUCCUGGAGCAAGGAGCAGCCGUGGCCCAGCCGAACCGGCGCGGGGUUGUUCCGCUCUUUAGCGCCGUGCGACAAGGUCACUGGCAGAUCGUAGACCUCUUGCUCACGCACGGCGCCGAUGUGAACAUGGCAGACAAACAGGGGCGGACACCCCUGAUGAUGGCUGCGUCCGAGGGACACCUGGGCACAGUGGAAUUUCUGCUGGCACAAGGUGCCUCCAUUUCUCUGAUGGACAAGGAAGGACUGACAGCCCUUAGCUGGGCCUGCCUGAAGGGGCACCUCUCCGUGGUGCGGUCCCUGGUGGAGAACGGAGCUGCCACAGACCACGCUGACAAAAACGGACGCACCCCCCUGGACCUAGCAGCUUUCUAUGGCGAUGCAGAGGUGGUUCAGUUUCUGGUGGACCACGGUGCCAUGAUCGAGCACGUCGACUACAGCGGGAUGCGCCCCCUCGACAGGGCCGUGGGGUGCCGCAACACCUCCGUCGUCGUCACCCUGCUGAAGAAAGGAGCAAAGAUAGGUCCAGCAACAUGGGCGAUGGCAACCUCCAAACCAGACAUCAUGAUCAUCCUGUUGAGCAAGCUGAUGGAGGAGGGAGACAUGUUUUACAAGAAAGGUAAAGUGAAGGAGGCUGCCCAGCGUUACCAGUACGCCCUGAAAAAAUUCCCCAGGGAAGGGUUUGGAGAAGACCUGAAAACCUUCCGGGAGCUGAAGGUGUCGCUCCUUCUCAACCUCUCCCGAUGUCGAAGGAAAAUGAAUGAUUUUGGAAUGGCGGAGGAAUUUGCUACUAAAGCACUGGAGCUGAAACCGAAAUCUUAUGAAGCUUACUAUGCAAGAGCAAGGGCCAAACGCAGCAGCAGGCAGUUUUCAGCAGCCCUGGAGGACCUGAACGAGGCCAUCAAGCUGUGUCCGAACAACCGUGAGAUUCAGCGGCUGCUGAUGCUGGUGGAAGAGGAGGUGGAGCCUGAACCUGAAGCCCAGCAUGAAGAGCUCUAUUCUGUGCAAGAUAUCUUUGAGGAGGAAUACCUUGAGCAGGAUGUAGAAAAUGUUUCCAUUGGCUUGCAGACAGAGUCGAGGCCAAACCAAGGGCUGCCCAUCAUCCAGAGCCCACCUCCAUCCCCAGCUCACAGGGACUCGGCCUAUAUAUCUGGCUCGCCUCUUGGCUCUCAUCAGGUCUUUGACUUCAGGUCCAGUAGUUCAGUGGGUUCACCGACCAGGCAAGGAUACCAGUCCACAUCUCCUGCUCUGUCUCCGACGCACCAGAACUCCCAUUAUAGACCUAGUCCUCCGCACACUUCCCCUGCACACCAGGGCUCCUCUUACCGCUUCAGUCCACCUCCUGUUGGAAGUCAAGGGAAAGAGUAUCAAAGUCCACCACCUUCCCCUCUUCGUAGAGGUCCUCAGUAUCGCGCCAGCCCCCCUGCAGAAAGCAUGAGCGUUUAUAGGUCACAGUCUGGUUCCCCGGUUCGCUAUCAGCAAGAACCCAGUGGUGUCAGCCAACUGCCUGGUAGACCAAAGUCUCCGUUAUCCAAAAUGACACAGCGGUCUUUCCAGAUGCCCCAGCUUCCCGUUGCAGUGCCCCAGCAAGGGCUGAGACUGCAGCCAGCUAAGGCGCAGAUUGUGAGAAGCAACCAGCCCAGCUCUGCAGUGCAUUCGAGUACUGUAAUUCCAACUGGUGCUUACAGCCAAGUUGCCCACUCGAUGGCCAGCAAAUACCAGUCAGCAUCAGGGGAGAUAGGGGUUAGUCAGAGUAGGCUGGUCUAUCAAGGAUCAAUCGGUGGAAUUGUAGGCGACAGCAGGCCAGUGCAACAUGUUCAGGCAAGUCUCAGCGCAGGAGCAAUUUGUCAGCAUGGAGGACUGGCUAAAGAAGAUCUUCCGCAGAGGCCUUCCUCAGCAUACAGGGGUGGGAUGAGGUACAGUCAGACGCCUCAGAUCGGUCGAAGUCAGUCAGCUUCCUAUUAUCCAGUCUGUCACUCGAAGCUCGAUCUGGAACGUUCUUCCCUUCCCUCCGGCCAGCUCGGCUCUCCAGAUGUGUCUCAUCUCAUAAGAAGGCCCAUUACAGUCAAUCCCAGUGAAAUAAAGCCUCACCCGCCAACUCCAAGACCACUGCUUCAUUCUCAAAGCGUUGGCCUCAGAUUCUCUCCUUCCAGCAAUAGCAUUUCAUCCACCUCCAACCUGACACCCAACUUUCGCCCUUCUGCUUCUAUUCAGCAAAUGGAGAUUCCUCUGAAGCCAGCUUAUGACAGAUCGUGUGAUGAACUUUCUCCAGUCUCUCCAACUCAGGGGGGUUACCCCAGUGAGCCAGCCCGUUCCAGGACCACGCCGUUCAUGGGAAUCAUAGAUAAAACCGCUCGGACUCAGCAGUACCCCCAUCUCCACCAACAGAACCGGACCUGGGCUGUGUCAUCAGUGGAUACUGUUAUUAGUCCUACGUCUCCUGGCAACCUCCCCCAGCCGGAAUCGUUUAGCCCGCCUUCUUCAAUCAGCAACAUUGCCUUUUAUAACAAAACCAACAAUGCACAGAACGGCCAUUUGCUAGAGGAAGACUAUUACAGCCCCCAUGGGAUGCUAGCCAAUGGGUCGCGAGGAGACCUCUUGGAGAGAGUCACCCAAGCCUCCUCGUAUCCAGAUGUUAAGGUGGCUAGGACACUGCCUGUUGCACAGGCCUACCAGGACAACCUGUACAGGCAGCUCUCCAGGGACUCUAGACAAGGGCAGACAUCCCCAAUCAAACCAAAGAGACCAUUUGUGGAGUCUAAUGUGUGAAAGACGCUUGUUGGAGUAAGACCCUUAUGUUUUCAGCACACACUUCCAAGCUUGAUUUCCAUACAUAUUCUUCUUCUUAUUUUUAUUUCUCUUUGGUAGCUACAUGACCAAGUUUCUCCGGUACUUUCUGUGUGGUGGUCAGCCAGCCAUGCACGUGCUCCAGCCCUUUUGUUACCCAGCUGACUGUGAAGCCAACAUCAGACAAGCCAGUAUCAUUUGCCCAGUUCAAAUCAAGUUCCCUCACAGUUUUCAGCUGUCAACCAGGAUAUUUUAGUACAUGGUGUGGGGUAGGCCAGAAAUAUCCCCUAUGCGGUGGGAGGUAACCAGCUCUUUUCAAGAGACAAUCACGCUCGCUUUAAAUUAGUUUCUUUUGUCUCGAUGGGCUCUUACACAAUUCCGAUGAAAAUUCCUAGGGGGAACAGAGCAGGGAUCGCAGGAGCCUUUUCAGAGGUUGGAUCUGCAGGUUCCCCGUGCCGCUCGCUUUGCCCAGUAAGAGCUAAUUACCUGCCCCGGAGAGCAGGGCAAGAUUUGCUUUCAAUACAAAGUAGCUAUGCACAAUAACCCUCCUACUUGAUCUGGUUGAUAGAAUUUUAAUCUGAAUUGUAAGCGUUCAUUAGUUAACGGUGUAAUCUGCCAGAAGGGGUGGGGAUCCCAAGAUGCUUUGCUACUUUGCAAGCUACGUUCCAAGUGCCCCAGCACUGAUUUACUCUGGGGCGUUUUAGGAGUACUCGGAGAGAUUAACGUUGGCCCUUCUUAUGCAUAGUAAGCAGCCAAGGGAUUUGGCUAGAAACCUCUCAUGGGUUCUGUGAACUGGGAUUGCAACGGCCUCUUCUUCACACCGUUAGGAGAUGACUGCACUCACACACAACACCGCACUUUCACCAGGACAGUUUAAUGUUGGGAUUUUCGGGGGUUUUUUUUGUUGUUUUCAUUUUUUUGCUCGCAAGGAAAAAAAAUUCCAAAUAGGAAAUUGUAUCCAAGGAGGAAAACUGCAAUCUUUGUUGUUGUUGUUGUUGGGUGUUUUUUUUUUUUUUUGGAUGGGAAUGCGUAAUGUGACACGAGGCAGGACGGGUCCGAGGAGACACGUUAGCGAAGUCCUCCUGCAAAUGCAGCCCUGCAGCAUCGCUCCCCUUCUGCUCGCGCCCGCUCCCGGACCCCGUGCCGUAGCGAGGGCUGCGCUCCUCUAGGGGAAGUGGCCGUUUUCUUAGAGCUACCAGAUCUGUUCCUGAAAUUUUGGAAAGCGAUUGCUGCAUUCCUUACCUGUAAAUGUUAGAGACGACGUUUUGCUCUUUAAGGACCUGUAGUUAAAAGAGAGAUAUUUAUAAUUUAUUUAUGCAAUCUGUUUCAGGACGUUUUUUGGGGUGGGGAGGGUUGGGGGUUUUUUU